UCAACCCGGUCUUUUUUUUUUUUGCCGGAAAGAGAGAGUAAGAUAAAGAUAGAUCAUAGAUGGAAGAAGAAGAAUGGAAGGCUUCGGUGAAAAAAGCAGGAUGUGAGAGGCUACAAAACGCCCUCUACGACUGUCACCGCCGUAUUUCGGCAGGUCCAGCGAGAAACUCAGCAUGCCGUCACUUAAACCGCGCAUUUGCCGACUGUCUCGUAGGAAUAAUAUGCCCAUCUCAAUUAGACGCUGUUAAAUCACUUUGUUCUAGCGGUGGUACAUCCUUAAAACGCUCGCAAUGUCAACAAGCUCGUCUUUCUCUCUCUGUUUGUCUCUCUCAACAUCAAGAUCAACCUUAAUCUCAUCUUAAUUAUAUAUAUAUCAACCUUAUUCUUGAUCUCAAUCUCAUUUUAUGUGAUGUUUCUUCUGCUCAGCUCAAGAGUGUAUUUGUUCAUGGACGCUUGUUUAAAAGGUCCGGUACCUGGGCAAGAGGUUAGCUAGAGAGAGGAGGCUAAAAUAAACGGUUCUCCAGUGAACAUGUGAGAGAGGCGCAAUUUGGUAAGUCCACUAAGUGUUGGCUUUACAUGAUAUCUCUCUUGUUUAUGGGUGAACUUGUUUCCCGGUAAAGUUUUUUUCCUAGAGAAACUAGUUAUUAGGCCCGGGCUAUGCCCGGGUAAGAAAAAUUUUCAUUUAUUAAUAUAAUACUUUAUGAUAAUAACACUAAAUACAAUGUAGCCUAGUGGUUAGAACUUUAGUAUAUGUACUUGAGGUCUCGAGAUCAAACCCUAUACUAUGCAAUUUCUUAACUUUUUUAUUGUAUAUGAAUUACAUGAACUAAAACUCCCAAGGGAGAGUGCCACAUGGCACAGUUUCUUGUUUUCGCACGCCUUUUACUAUAUUUGUAUAGAUGACUUGCAUUCACUUGCGAAAAAGGACAAGAUGAGGCGUGGGCUAUAACGCAAACAGUUGGUGAAUAACGCAUCAAAUUUCUCAUGUUCAACGUCUUCCCUGUUUUGGCCUUGCAAGUGAUUAAUAAGCAACUAUACGAGGUGAACAAUAAAGACAUGCUUGUUGUAAAUGUAACAAGAUUGUGAUUAUCUACUGUUUAUUUCUGCUCCUGUACAAUGGCUAGCUAUUCUUUGUAUUUGGAAUGUAUCAUUUAUAUAUUCUGUUUCAUGAAACUUAGCUGGUUUUUAUAA